CAGUGUUCCAUCGGACCGUGUUGUGAACGGUGUCUCGGUGCUGCGCUCUCUCUCUCUCACUCACUCACGGGCUGUGGUGGAGUGCUGGUGAAUGACUCGUACCAGGAGGGAGACUUACAACUCAAGCUUGGUCACUAUCAGUCCUUUAAAGAAUGUGAUUUUCUUCUCCACAGAAUACACCUCCUGUUAUAGAUAUAUAAAUAUAUAAACGGAAGAAAAUCGCGCGAGGAACCAGAGUGUUUUGUUGGCUUCAAACAGACUCCUAAUAAACAGGAGACCAACACUGCUGCCUAAGAUAUGCUGGGAAUGUAAUUACUGAGAGGUGGAGUGAAUUUCUGGCUCCAUUUCUCCAAAACUUCUGAAUAACAGUCUAGUGAUGCUGGUUGACUCUUGCCCUCUCUGGUCUGUUCUAAAAAUUGGACCUGUUACCACCGUUCCUCAGUGAUCGUCUCCUGUUGACUCAUUAACUUACUUGGGCGAUGUAAUUUUGUUCGUUGGUUAAUUUUUUUAUAGCUUUUUUACCUGGUCGUAUAGCUGACUCACCUGUAGACUGUUUAAUCGAUUCGUUAGCUACCUGGCUAAUCUGACUGACUCAGUAACUGGAUUUUAGUAAAGCCCCCGGUUAUCAAGACCACCUCACCGCACGAGUUCUGUGAGGUGACUUCUGGACUAUUAAGUGUAAUUAAGGUAACUGUUGGUGAUUUCGUGUGAGUUCUAUUCAGUGUUCCAACAAGUCAGGUGCAACACUACAGAUCAACAACUAACCCACGGAGUUAUUCAUUAGUGGAACACCGCCUCACGCCCACGGUUCACGUCUAAUCACAGCGGAAAUUGACACUGUGAGACGAGGAUAUGUAGACACAAUACUCAAGGUUAUGUCGACGGGUGAGCGCUGAGGCUGAGCACGUAAGGGAGAGCUUCUUCUGCAGUAGCCACGGCCCGGGCAAGAUGCUGGUGAGGGCGUGGCAGGGCCAGACCAAUCUGCUGGUGGCUGUAGUGGUGCUUUUGUCACUCCUCCUGGACAACUCUUCAGCCAGGGACAGGAAACAAGGACAACCUACAGGAGAUGCGUUGGUGACGGAGGACCCGGUGUGGGAUAUACGUCACAUCCUGCCGGAGCUUAACAUGGAGAAUAACACAGUGACGGAUGUUAAAGUUAACGUAGGGGAUGUGGCUUACCUUCCCUGCCGCUUCCCUCAGCUCUCUACGCUUCAUCAGGUAUCGUGGAUUCGCCGCUGGGACUGGCACAUCCUCACUACUGGGAUCUACACCUACACCAGCGAUAUGCGAUUCAAUGUCCUCCACACUGAAGGCUCCGACGACUGGACGCUGCAGCUGAAGUACGUUGAAACCCGCGACAACGGCACCUACGAGUGUCAGAUGUACACGGGGACGGGCGUGUUGUCGCAGUUCGUCAAUCUGCACGUGAACACUCCACGUGCUGCCGUACUCGGCCCCCAGGAGCUGCACGUGCAGGAGGGCGACACCAUCACCCUCAUCUGUGUCAUCCAACAGAGUAAGCCGCCGUUCGUGUUCUGGUAUCACGGGGAGAACAUGGUGAACUAUGAUGGUAAUCGUCACCGCCUGAACGUGAUCACCAAGGUGGAGGGCACCAGGACGCACUCACGGCUCACCAUCACUGACGCAAGACACACAGAUUCCGGCAACUACUCCUGCAUCCCACCCAACGUGGAGCCCGCCUACGUGUUGGUCUUCGUCACUGAGAGAGGCGACACGGUGGCGGCGAUACACAGUCGGGGUCACACUUCCGUGGCGGCAGACAGUUCCUCCGCCGUCAGGUUGGUCGCCACUCUCUGCCUGGGCUGCGUUUUCUCCUUCGCUCACUUCCUCCCCGUCAGAUGAUCGCCUGGCUGCAUGACGCUCUACUAGAUAUACAUAUAUAUACUGUAUAUAUAUAUAGAAGAGAGAAUAAUUUGUGUUAGAAAAGAAUUAGCGACAAGACUAUAGAUGAACGCCUCUUUUUUUACUCUUUGGUAUAUUAAGAAAAAACUUACAAUUUUGGAAUGAUUAGUGUUGAAAACUUGAUGAUGGCAAGAACUGCUUAUGAGACUUGCAUUGAUUUGAACUGACAGCCAGACUUGGAAAAAUAUAAAGAAAUUUCAACAGGAUUGUCACAGUUCAACACAAAGAGUUAUAAGUUAAUACAAAAUCAGUGAUGUAUUUCCCAAGAGGAGGUGUGAGAAGAAUCGAGACCAAUACAAACGUUAAUUAAAUCAACCAGAGUUAACACGUUGCUGGUACAGGUGAGAGACAAGACUUUACAGGUGUGAUAAGAGGAACAUGUAACCUUGUGACCAGAAUGAUAAUCUCCUUAUUACCUCUAAUGUGAACGUUAAUUACGAAUAAAAAUAUAAAUGACGGAAAAUAUGACGCAGAAUGUGACAUGCGAUGGACAUUUUAACAAAUUGUAUUUUUGUUUUCUUCAAACAUAGAAUUUAUGGUUCAGGUAUUAGUUAGGUAUUAUUUUUACCUGUUGGUAGAGGUCAAUACUCACUUACAUCCUACAAAAAACAUUAUCAUCUCAGAACAAAUGAAGACUGUGACACUAAAAUCAAAUCUAAGCUAUCCGAAUCAAAACAACAUCUGGAAUUAAAGGCUUACUACUUACCUAUGGGAAGUGUCAACACGUAAUAAACACGUAUAGAUGGAAAUUCUCUUAGAUUUUGAGGAUUACAAAAUACUGUAAUCUUUCUCUCCCUCCCCCAGUCCAAAACCUCUUGUCAGCCUACAGAGUAAAGUGAUCUAUACAUAAUUAUUCAUAAACAAAAACACAAGUAUGAUUUUAUUUCCAACAGACACUCCAUACGUUUAAAGGUUGUCAAAGAAAUGGAUUACUCAUGUGUAUGGAUUAUGUCUUCUCAGUUUUCUUUUUAGUAUUUGAGCAAUGUGGAUAAUUUGUACUAAUGGAGAUAAUCUAUGAACCUCUUGUGUACGGAGUUGUCGUCUCUGAGCUGAAGAAAAUCGUCUGACGUUAACCAUAUGAAGAGGUUGGUGGAGAUAUAGUCUUCAGAAAUGGUUCGAUAAGUUCUCUCACUGUGAUACAUCUAUUGACCUUUAACAAUACAGCUGACGUCAAUUUAACCACAUCGCAUUCAAGUUGGUCUCACCUAUAAUGAAGAAGUUCUGAGUAAAGCAAUGGCAGGUGAGACCACAGAAUAUAGAGUUUAGUACAGGAAAUUACCAAUAGACUUUCCUUCUAGUGGAUGUAGAGGAAAAGAGAUUAAACUUAUGGAUAAAAAAGAAAGGAGGUUCAUAUCUACACCAGGAAUGAUAAUAUGUUAUUUCGUCCACUCUCUAUCUGACAAUACUAAGACAUUUUCCACAUCCCAAGACUUAAACCAUUCAUAAUAUAUUACACUGGACAAUAUAUUAACAGUCAGUGCUUCCAUAUAUCUAGCUCUAAUAACUAGAACUUAUGUAAACCUUCAGGAUUUGCUAGAUAUUAUUAUUAUUAUUUUUUUGCAGGGUUGAAACCUCUAUUGAAGUUUUCCCAACCUCACAGUGACUGACAAGCAAUUAUUCGUAUUUAGCCAUCCGUUCAAGACAUACAAUCAAUUUUAAGUUUAUUUCCCUAAUUAUAUUUGUAUAUGUGACUAAUUUAUAGGAUACACAGAGGUAGUAACAUUCAUAUAAGUAUAUUGUAAUACAAAAUAUCAGGAAAUUCAUUUGAAUAAUAUACCGUAUGUAAUAACUCAAUCUUAUCUAUACUAUUUACAUCUAAGAACCCCAAAAUAUUUACUUUCUAUCAUUCCCUCUCACAUAUAAUAAAUAAAAGCUAAAUAAUAAUGAAUGAAACUCCCAGUAACUCUUUCUUCAACACAUCACAACGCGACAGACACUCAACUCAUCAACUGGAGUCUGAACAUCAUGAGAUAUUUAGCACAGAUAAGAAACUCUUACUUCCACACACUAAUGAUCAGUUGGGGAGUUUAAAGAAAGUUUCGUAUUCAUUUACCUUCCCCGAACAAAGUUAACUAACAUGCAUGGGCGAUUUCUACUCUUUAAUUCACCUCUACAGCAGCACACAGGAUAAACAUGACACCUUAUACAAUAUUGUGUACUCCUUCCUCUGUAAACGUGACUAAUUAUAUUUAUAUGCUUAUAUAUAACAAAGGAAAGUAAGUUAAGUGUGCUUUACAACAGAUGGCCUAAGAAGUAUACGCGGUAUAAGAGUAUAAUGUAUGUGCCACAGGAUGUAUAAUUUGUAUAAUUAUGUAUUAUACUUAUGACUAAACGAACAAAUUUUAAUGACAAAAAUGACUAUUUAGCGCAGAAAUUUUUACUGCUGGUGGAUGUUCCAUGAGAAAUGGUGUUAUAAUCCGUUUGUGUUUUAGUUGAAUAUGUUAAUUUAAUAAAUAAACAUAUUACUUAAUUAUGUCUCUUUUUUUAAAAUCAUAUGAACAAUUAAUCUAAUGACCAAGACUGAGAGAGCUUUAUACAGAGUAACAUUAU